CGGAAAGCACAGCUAGCUAAAUGCUGCGACCCAGAUUUUGAGAAAACCCGAAGCCACAAGUAGUGUGUGUUUGAUGAGAGUGCAGAUUUGAAGCAAUGACCGCUAUAAAAGACGGAGAGUACACGGCUACGAUCUACAAACUGAUUAAAGAUGGUCAGUAUGUGGAUGCCAUUCACAUCCUGAACGGGCAGCUCCAAAAACACACCAAGUCCAGGGCGGCGCUGUCUCUGCUUGGUUUCUGCUACUAUCACAUCCAGGACUUCACCAACGCCGCCGAGUGCUACGAACAGCUCACGCAGCUGCACCCGGAGGUGGAGGAGUACAAAGUGUACUACGCCCAGUCCCUGUACAAAGCUGGUGCUUAUCCCGAGGCCACCAAGGCUUCAUUUGCACUCGACAACCCCAGCAGCCAAACCAAGAUGGUCAAGCUGCAGGCCUGCAUCAAAUAUUGUGAGGAAGAUUAUUCCGCUGCCAAGUCGCUGUUGGAGCAGCUGCCGCCGGACGACCCGGACUACGUCUACAAUAUGGGCUGUUUGCUUUACCAGGACGGCAAGUAUGAGGAGGCCUGCAGGAAGUUCAUGUCCGCCAUGCAAGUGCUGGGAUACGUGCCAGCGUUGUCCUACAACAUCGCCCUGACUUAUUACAGCCUGAAGAACCACAAUCAGGCCCUCAAGUAUAUCGGGGAGAUCAUAGACCGUGGAAUCAAGGAACAUCCAGAGCUGAGUGUUGGAAUGACGACCGAAGGCAUCGACAUCCACAGCGUGGGAAACACGCUGGUCCUGCAUCAGUCGGCCCUGAUCGAAGCCUUUAACCUCAAAGCUGCAAUCAAUUAUGAGCUGAAGAACUUGAAAACAGCUCAGGAGGCUCUGACGGACAUGCCCCCGAGAUCGGAUGAGGAACUGGACCCAGUGACACUCCACAACCAGGCUCUGUUGAACAUGGACACGAAGCCGUCGGAGGGCUUCGAGAAGCUGGCCUUCCUCCUGCAGCAGCCCUCCUUCCCCCCCGUCACCUUUGGAAACCUGCUGCUGCUCUACUGCAAACACGAGUACUUUGACCUGGCAGCUGAUGUCCUGGCAGAAAACGCACAUCUCACCUACAAGUUCCUCUCCCCGUACAUGUACGAGUUUCUUGAUGCUUUGUUGACCUGCCAGACGGCACCAGAGGAGGCUUUCAGGAAGUUUGAAGAGAUGAACGGAAAACUGGCGGAACAGCUACGCAAGCUAACAAAGCAGCUGCAGGAAACCAGGCUGGCUCGAGAUGAGGAACUGCAGAAGAAAGCUGUGCAGGACUUCGAACUGAUGCAGGAAAAGUACAUCGUGGUCCUCAUGGCUCAGGCUAAGAUCUACUGGAACCGCGAGAACUUCCAGAUGGUGGAGAAGAUUUUCCGGAAGUCGGUGGAGUACUGCAACGAUAACGACACCUGGAAGCUGAACGUGGCUCAUGUGCUCUUCAUGCAGAACAAGUACAAGGAGGCUAUCGGCUUCUACGAGCCCAUCGUCAAGAAGCACUACGACAAUGUGGAGCAGUGUAACAUACAGGAGUGUCCCUGCAAGUGCAAACCAUCGAUCCUGAACGUGAGCGCCGUGGUCCUAGCCAACCUGUGCGUGUCCUACAUCAUGACGAGCCAAAACGAAGAGGCUGAAGAGCUGAUGAGGAAGAUUGAGAAAGAAGAGGAGCAGAUCUCCUACGACGACCCCGACAAAAAGGUCUUUCACCUCUGCAUCGUCAACCUGGUCAUCGGGACGCUGUACUGUGCAAAGGGAAACUACGACUUUGGUAUCUCCCGUGUCAUCAAGAGCCUGGAGCCUUACAACAAGAAGCUGGGAACGGACACAUGGUUCUACGCCAAGCGCUGUUUCCUGUCCCUGCUGGAGAACAUGUCCAAACACAUGGUCAUGCUGAGGGACACCGUGGUACAGGAGUGCAUUCAGUUCCUGGAGCACUGCGAGGUUUACGGGAAGGAGGUGCCGGCCAUCAUCGAGCAGCCUCUGGAGGAGGUCCGCAUUCACAUCGGCAAGAACACCGUCACCUACGAGGCUCGGCUUCUCAAGGCCCUGUUCUAUGAGGUGAUUGGUUGGAACAAGUGACAUCACAAAGGUGUUACCGGCUGAGUUAUGACAGUUUAAUAAGUUCCACAGAAACUUGGUUUAAAAGACGGUCAGAACACAGUGACGUGUUUCUGUGGAGCCUUCGUCUGGCUUCUCUGCGCUGGGACGUGAUCUCAGUGAGCAGAUCUGAUAUAAUCACAGUUAAUGGACUGCAUUUAUCAUCACUAUGAACACAACGGUUUGUAGAACAGACCUUAGUUUUAUUGGUUAUGUUUAUUUCACUAACAUAAACAUACAUGAUGACAGUAAUGUAAGUUCAUCUCCAUGCAUUGGGUUCAUGCAGGUCCUCUGCAGCCGGUGCUCCCGACUCUGUUUGUCGAUUAAAUACGUGUGAAAAACAAUAUGAUUUAAAGUAAAUAAAGAUAUUUUUAGAACUAAA